AGCGUUUAAUAUCCGGGCAGAACAGCCGCAAGAAAAACAAAAACAAGGCACAGACAGAUGGCAUGAUGCACAGUACAGUAGCUCAGUUAUUUGUUUCGAUCGAUUGCCAUUAACAUCCCAACAUAUCUACAAAGAACUAUGAUCAGAUAUAAUUUAACAGAACCAUUUUCAUACUACCUACCAAAUGAAAUUCAAUCAAGUGCUGCUUUCGACUGCGGAAAACCUGUUGUUGUCACAAAUAUUACUGGAAGUUUGGUGAUUUUAAAGUACAGGCUUGGGUUGAUGAAAAUGGAAAGAGCUUUGUAUUGAGCAUCGUGACGAAUUGUCAUUUGUAAAAUUUUUCACUUUUAAGUAUUGUUCAUGUGAAGAACGUCGCGUUAAGGUAAAAUUAAGGGCAUGCAAUUUUCUAUUUAUGUCGUCAGAUUUUAAAUACAGAAUUUUAACUGAUUUGAAAUUAAACAUCGAAAGACAAUACACUAAAAUAACAAUUGGUUAUCAUGAUUUUAAAACUGCUGAUUAUCAUAAAGCAUUCACCAUGUGUUAUAAUCAUGUUAUUAACAAGUAUAGGUGUGAAUACUUUUCAAAAAUAAAUAAGUUAAUCGUGGUCACUGGAGAUUUUCAAGACGAUUAUGAUGAAUAUCAAUUUGAAAAGCAUUUCAACUUAGAUGUGUUGUCUUGUUCAUUAAACAAUGGUUGUCUUAUGAUAAACCCUGACAGAAGGGAGAACAUUAGGGAUAAAUUUGACAAUGAAAUUUUAUUGCGUAUAAGGAAUUAGAAAAUUCUAUGUCUAAUUGAAACACCAUCAACACAAGAUAAACACACAUACUAGAAAAAUUAUCAUGACUGGACAAUAUGCUUAACAAGAUAUGCUUAAAAAAUUUUAAUAUCUGAGCCUGAAUACGCUUAUUCAACAUAUUUCAUUAUUUUCAAUGCAGUCAGAUCCCAUUCUUCAUAUUGCCAUCUUUGUUGGAUAGAAUUUUAAAGUUUGUGUUGUACAUCGGUAUGACAUAGAUGCAAAAUGUAAUGCAAAUGGGGCAACACUAUGUGGAUUUGACAAAAAAACUUGAAUUGUGAACCUGUUUUCCUCUUGAAAACACAUCUUUUUCCAAAGUUUUGAAAGAAGUUCGAUAAAAACAUGGAAAGGUGCUGACAGAAAACUGUAAAAUUUUGUUCUUAGUUUAAAGCCUAAAGCUGUUUCAGAAAACUUAAUUAUGAUUUUUGCAUGAUUUAACGUUUUACUUUUUUUAUUUAAUUUUUUAUUUUGCUAUGAUAUAUUAAUAAUUAUGUCAUUAGUAUAUAAAGGCAGUUUGCUCCUUGUGUAACUUUGAAUGUUUUUGUUAUAAGCAACUGGAUAAAUUUUUUCUAAUCAUUUGAUAAGGAAAAAAAUUUAUUUCAGCUGAAUGUAUUAUUUUACAAGAUUUCAGCUUGUAUCUGUUAGAACAAAAGUUUGUCAUUCAUAUAAAAAAUUGAUUUAAAGUUGUUGUAUUUGUUAUCCAGUUUUAUGUUUUGUUUGCUUAAUAACUUUAAAAGGUUUUAGGCUGGACAUUUGCUUAGGUUCUGGCUAAAGUCUUAGCCUUGACCCUUAAUAAGUCGAUCAUCUGAGAAAAAAACCUGUAUGCUCCAUGUCUUGAAAUGUAAAAAAUACUUUCAUUUUGUACUGGUUUUAAGCAAAUAUGAAAAUUAUUAAAUCAUUUCAAGUUUUCAAGCAUUUUGUUUGAAUCGACUGUUUUCUCAAAAUUUCUUAGUUUUAUUAUAAUUUAAUAAAGUAAAACAAUAUACAUUAAAUUAUCACUAGAUCCCUCAAAUUUCUAUAAAAAUGUACUGAGUAAGCUAAAGGUGUGGUUAAUAGUCAAAACUACGGUAUAAUGUGUUGUUUUUUAUCUUUUUUUAAUUAAUGUACCCCACCUAUUUUAAAGUUUUUUUACAGAUUCAAUGAUUGGACAAAAUUUGAAAAAGCCGUUUUCAUACUUUUUACCAGAUGGAAUUCGAGCAAGUACUCUUCAAAAUUGUGUAGAACCUGUUCUUAUUCACAAUAUUAUUGGAAAGUUUGGUAAUUCUGAAACAGCAAUCAGAAUUAAUGAUAAUGGAAAAAGUGUUGUAUGGCUUGAGCGCGAUGACAGUUUGUCAUUUGUGAAAGUAUCUACUUUUGACUAUGAUUCAUGUACACAAAGUCAUGUAGACGUAGAAAUGCGGGAUCACGACUUUCAAAUUCUAUCAACAGAUUUGAAGAGCAGAUGUUUGGUUGAUUUUAAAUUUGACAUUAAUAAACGUCACACUGAAAUAAAAAUAUUCUAUCAGAAUUUCAACGACGGUGUUCUUCAUGAAGUAUACACAAUGAGCUAUACCCAUCUUUUUAAUCAAUAUAUAUGCGAGUACUUUCCAGAAAUAAACAAGUUAGUUAUUAUUACUGGUGAUUAUAAGUAUGGCUUAAAGAAAUACCAAUACGAGAAAUGUGAUAUGUAUUUAGAUGUGUUGUCUUGUUCGUUUAAUGAUAAUGGUGUGGUGAUAGAAAGUUCUGACAAAAGAGAAAACAUUACUGAUCAAUUUAACAAUGAAGAAGUAAUUGAAAUAAUAUAUAGCAAGCUCACAAACAACAUUGUGUUGUUGACUAAUCAAGGUGGAAUUCUGAUGUAUUCUUUGGUUAACCAUCAGUUCGGUAUAUUGUUUAGACUGCAAGACAUUAUUUUUUUGUCAACGUUUAAAAAUUAUAUUUAUGUAGUUACUUCGUCAGCAUUGGCGGUUGUUUUAAGUCAAGACUACGCAUCACUAGAAUUACGAAUUGAGAAAAAAGUAUGCUUAUUACCUGAAUCACCUCAUACUUGUCGUGGAUUACUUCAUGAAGCAUCUUGGAUUGCUAGAGAUUGCUUGUUUGUGCAAAAUAAUAUGAGAAUGAAGAUAUUUGAGCUGGAAUCUUUAACGUUGCUUCACGAGUUUGACUACGAUUUACAAGCAGUGCAGUUAUUCAACGGGUGGUCAAAGGAAGAACUUUUUAUUAUUGGCAGUUUUGUUGGGGAUUUCCCAGGAAAUCACCACCAGUUACAUAUUUACUAUUUUCGCGACAAGGAUAUUUCUUUGAAGAACUUAGCACGAAAGGCUAUACUAACUUCGUUUUCAUACAACGAAUUGAAAAAUAUCGAUAUGCCAAACACAUUACGCAUUUAUUUAGAAGUGUAAACAUAUUGAGUGAUUUAUAAAGCUAUUUAUCCUGUAAACUUAUUGAUGUAUUUAUACUGUAUGUAAACUGUAUAUUAUCUUUCCAAAAGUAUAAUUUAAUAUCUAAAUUUUAUUUAAGGCUCUUUUUUUAAAGCAUUCGUUGAUUAGUUUACAGUUAAGUGAAAAUUCAAAAUCAGGUUUUUUUUAUGCUUAUGCGAAGAACAAAAUAAGUCUUAGAGUAUGCUUACAUUAUGCUUUUGGGGAAAAAAUGCUCAAACGUUGCCUUAUAUCAUAAUAUAAAAUUGUCUUUGUUUUUUUUUCUCUUUAAUACGGUUACAUAUUUACUAUUUCCGCGACAAGGAUAUUUCUUUGAAGAACUUAUCCCGAAAAGCUAUACUAACUUCGUUUUCAUCUAACGAGUUAAAAAAUAUGGAUAUGCCCAACUCGUUACGAACUUAUUGUAAACAUAUUGGAUGAUUUAUAACGCUUGUUGAAGCUUUUUUACCUUAAGACGCAUAAUUUAAUUUUUGCAGAGUUAUAUUAAUGUUUGCAAAA